CCCCGCCCCCGACCCGGAGCUGCUCAGUCAGAAACACGGGUUGGGGCCUGGUGGUCUGUUUGAACAAGCCCUCCGACGGAUUCUGAUGCAAACUGGCGUUUAAGAAUGCAGGUGAGAAGGAGCCUGGGUUCCGGGAAUAAACAGUCAAAUUCCAGAUCUGACCUGCAUGUGCCAGCAUUUUCCGGAACGGGGCCGUCUCGGAUAUUCUGGCCCCUUAGCUAACCACGUAUCAGUUUGGAGAGAUGUCUCACUACUCAAGCGUGGCCUAGGGACCAGCAGCCGCCGCCGCCUCCAAGCUUUCAACAAGCCCCGUGGGUGACUCGUGUGCAUGGGAUUAGCUCUCAGGCACACCUGCUGGAGUUGGGCGGAGGAGGUAAAGGAAGCCACGUUGGAGGCAGCACCUGCAGACGGUGGAGCCUGUUCUGCAGCUGAGGAGGCUGGGCUCAGUACGCUUUUCACACCCCUUCCCUUGGGCUGGGGGCCUCGGAGAGGCAUCUGAGGUUGGAGGUGCUGCAGAAGCUGCCAUGAGAUCAUGGUGCCUGCUCCCCGGCCCCAUGUUGCUACUAGCUGAGCUCCCUGUCACCCUCCAGGGCAGCUGAGAAAGCUCCACCCCCGGGGCCGGGCCUGCAGGGGGCUGGAGAGAGGCGGGAGUCGUAAGCCUUCCUUGCUCAGGUCAGAAGUCUCAAAAGCUGCAAAUUCUUGGGACCCAUGGCCCUGACCACUUGUUGCUGUCCUCCUAGGUGUGGAGGGGCCUGACUCUGACACACACUAGCUGGGGCUCCUUUAAUUAAUGACUCACCCACCCCUCCAAACUAGAAUCUUCCUUCUCCCACCCCUCUGGCCCCAGGAAAUGCAGCUGAGCCACCUGGAGUGAGCCUGAGUCCCAUCCCCAACAGCCAAGGACUGUCUGGCACCUUAAAGCCAUGGAGGGACAGACCCCAGGAAGCAGAGACCUUCCAGAAAAGUCUCACCCUGCCGCGGCCGCUGCCACUCUGUCCUCAAUGGGUGCCGUCUUCAUCCUCAUGAAGUCCGCGCUGGGAGCUGGCCUGCUCAACUUCCCCUGGGCCUUCUCCAAAGCGGGCGGCGUGGUCCCUGCCUUCCUGGUGGAGCUGGUCUCGUUGGUCUUCCUGGUCAGCGGGCUGGUCAUCCUGGGCUAUGCUGCUGCUGUCAGUGGCCAGGCCACCUACCAGGGCGUGGUCAGGGGGCUCUGUGGCCCCGCCAUCGGGAAGCUGUGUGAGGCCUGCUUCCUUGUCAACCUGCUCAUGAUCUCCGUGGCCUUCCUCAGGGUGAUCGGGGACCAGCUGGAGAAGCUGUGUGACUCCCUCCUGUCUGGCACCCCGCCCGCCCCGCAGCCGUGGUACACAGACCAGCGCUUCACCCUGCCCCUGCUCUCCGCGCUGGUCAUCCUGCCCCUAUCCGCCCCACGGGAGAUCGCCUUCCAGAAAUAUACAAGCAUCCUAGGCACCCUGGCUGCCUGUUACCUGGCCCUGGUCAUCACCGUGCAGUACUACCUCUGGCCCCAGGGCCUUGUGCGCGAGUCCCGUCCUUCACUGAGCCCUGCCUCCUGGACCUCUGUGUUCAGUGUCUUCCCCACCAUCUGCUUCGGGUUUCAGUGUCACGAAGCUGCUGUCUCCAUCUACUGUAGCAUGCACAAGCGGAGCCUCCCCCACUGGGCCCUGGUCUCCGUGCUGUCCUUGCUGGCCUGCUGCCUCAUCUAUUCACUAACGGGGGUUUAUGGCUUCCUGACCUUUGGGACAGAAGUUUCUGCUGACAUCUUGAUGUCCUACCCAGGCAAUGACAUGGUCAUCAUUGUGGCCCGGGUCCUUUUUGCUGUCUCCAUCGUAACUGUCUACCCCAUCGUGCUCUUCCUGGGGAGGUCGGUGAUGCAGGAUUUCUGGAGGAGAAGCUGCUUGUGGGGAUGGGGGCCCAGGGCCCUGGCUGACCCCUCAGGGCUGUGGGUCCGGAUGCCGCUGACUGUCCUGUGGGUCACCGUGACGCUCGCCAUGGUGCUGUUUAUGCCCGACCUCAGCGAGAUCGUCAGCAUCAUCGGAGGCAUCAGUUCCUUCUUCAUCUUCAUCUUCCCAGGUUUGUGCCUCAUCUGCGCAAUGGGCAUCGAGCCUAUAGGACCAAGAGUCAAGUGCUGCUUGGAGGUCUGGGGAGUGGUCUCUGUGCUGGUUGGCACCUUCAUCUUCGGGCAGAGCACGGUGGCAGCGGUCUGGGAGAUGUUUUGAUGGGCAGCCAGUGCCGGGCAGGAAGGGGCCCUCCGGAGGCUGACCCCACGUGGCUGCUGUGUGCGGCUGGGAGACCGAUGUCAUUUCUCAUCAUAAAGAUACUGGAGAGACUGAU